AUGAGCAUUCUGCAGCCAGCUUUUAAAAUACUGACCAUUUGCGGAUGUUGGAUGCCAGUCUCGUGUCGAGCAGUGUACGCCAAGGCUCUGUACAACCUGUACACUACGUUGGUGCUGUUUCUGCUCUACGUUUUCUGCAUCUCACAGUUGUUGAACGUGAUACUGAACGUGAGGAUGGUGGACGAGCUGAGCGACAGCUUCUACAUGUUCAUCGCGUCCUUUCUCGCCUGCUGCAAAAUCGUGGCGCUUCUGAUCAACCGCAAAGCGAUUAGAACGCUGAGUAAGAAGCUCGAGGAAGAGCCUUGCAAGCCCACGAAUGUACAGGAGCUCGUCAUCCAACGGCAAUUCGAUCAGAGCAUCGGUUACAGGUCAAUCACAAUUUGGUACACGAUUGUGGUGGAGUUCACGGUUCUCUGUAUGAUUCUAUGCUCGUUUGUCACCGACUUUGCUAACCGGAAGCUGACAUACCGAGCCUGGCUGCCUUUCAACUACUCCCUGCCGAAUUACUACUAUGUCACGUAUUUUCAUCAGAUCGUGGCUCUGAUCGGCACGUCGCUUGUGAACGUGGCAUGCGACGUGAUCGUUUGCGGACUGUUCGUUCACAUGUGCAGCCAGCUAGAAAUCUUGAAGCACCGAUUAAAGGGAAUCGUGGAGGAAACGAAGCCGGACAUCGGGAGGAUCGUGCGUUUCCACGAUUAUCUCUACGGAUACGCUUCGACGGUACUGCAGAAGUUUAAGGAGGUAAUAGGCAUCCAACUGCUGUCGAGCACCCUGGUAGUGUGCUUUAUCUUCUACGAAUUGGCGAACGCGCCGCUAAUGAGCUCCAGGUUCCUGCAAUUCGUCCUCUAUCUGAUCUGCAUGAUGACGCAGAUCUUCUUUUACUGCUGGUACGGCGAUCAGCUGAAAGUAAAGAGCGUGGAGGUGGUGGAUGCGAUUUUCGAAAUGGACUGGCUAUGUCUCGAUAUAAGCAGCAGGAAGAGUUUGCUGAACAUAGCGAGGAGAGCGAUCAUUCCCAUCGAGCUCACCUGUGCCUACAUCUUUACGAUGAGUUUGAAGACCGUCGUGAGCAUAUUGAAAAUGUCGUAUUCGACGUACAAUUUGCUUCAGAGAACGAACGCAUAG